AUGGAAUUGACCAAACUGUCCGACAUGCUAAAACUCCACCAAGCUGUAGCUGCUGGGGACUACCAUUCAUUGAAAAAGAUUUUGAAGAAAGGUUUCUGUGACCCAAACUACAAGGAAGUGGACUGGAAUGACCGAACCCCACUUCACUGGGCUGCGAUCAAGGGACAUAUGGAGGUGCUGCCGCUCCUGAUAGAACACGGGGCCAGGCCCUGCCUGGUAACUGAUGUGGGCUGGACCCCUGCUCAUUUCGCAGCUGAAUCGGGCCAUCUGAACGUGCUCAAAACUCUCCAUGCCCUGCACGCCGCCAUCGACGCCCCUGACUUCUUUGGAGACACACCAAAGAGGAUCGCAUAGAUCUAUGGGCAGAAAGCCUGUGUAGCAUUCCUGGAGCACAGUAAGGCUGAGCCCCAGUGCUGGGACCACCGCCAGGCCACCAAGCAGAAGGGGCUGCAGCGUGAUCAGCGGGAUGAAGACUGGGAUGCCAAGAAGAGGGCGUUGGAGCUGUCUCUUCCUUCCUCAAAGCAAAACACUAAUAAGAAAAAGAAUAAGACUCGAGGCCCCACCAGGCUCAGCAAUACCAAGGACAGGAGAGUGUGA